UAUCGUUUAAAAUAUAAGCAAAAACAUCAAGAAUAAAAAAUAAAAUAAAAUAAAAUAAAAAGUAACCUACCCUGUAGUCUGAGAGUUGGUACCGCUCUCUGCCCUCUGAACGUCUAGGCAAAGCGAGAAACGAGGAGAAGGCAUCAUGGUGAACUUUGCAGCGUUGGUGCGAGAGCACUGGGUGAACAUCCUGGUUCCACUGGGCUUUGUUGCUGGCAUCUACCUUGACCGGUGGAACGAUCAGAAGUUGACAGCUUUUAGGAACAAGAGCGCGUUGUACAGCAGGGAGCUGAAGCCUGGUGAGGAAUACACCUGGAAGUGAAGUCGUCGCCCCCCCCCCCCAAGAUGAUGCUUAUUGGAUCUCCUGCUUUGUUCAUUUAGACAUUCUGUUGUCUUCAAACCUGUAAAUGACUUUUCAGUAACGUUUGAUGUAAAAUAUAUUGACACAAGAAAGAG